AUGCUUGCAACCGACAGACUAGCAACUGGCACGACUGCCUUCUUAUCUGCUGACAUGCCCUCAUCAGCCGCCUUCCCCCCAUCAGCUCCAAUACCCUCCUCCCAUGCCCCGUCUUCCCAGACCACCUCGUUGCCACUGUCUACCUCUCUCUGUGUUCGUGCGCUGGUGGCUGACGGGGCAACAGGUGGCGGCGCGGGAUUGGGGCUGGUGGGCGCGCUGCACAACGACCUGCCGCAGCAGCUGGAGCGGUGUGGCUUCGAUGUUGUCACGGCGGGUACAGUCACAGAAGCUGUGCGACGAUUUCAACAGUCUGUGUGCGACCUGCCACCUGAUGAGACAGUGCAACAACGCGACGGGUUUGAAGAGAGCAAUGGGAGUGGGGGAAGCAAGCAACAGCUAAAGGAAGCUUCCGCAGACGAGUCACCACUUGACCAGCGGCCAGCAUCAGGAGAAGGAGUUCAAGAGGGUGUGGCAUCAAGUGACAAGAGUAUGGCAGUGGUUGCACAGGAGGCAGGAGUGAAGCCAGAGGCGCCCUUCUCUCUUGUGGUCAUGGAGCUGGAGGCCAUGGCACAUGAUGGCUUCGCAUGCAUCCGCAGCAUUCGCGAUGCCGAGGGGAGACGGCACGCAGGGAAGGUAGCGUAA